GGGAGUUGUAGUUGCGGCCUGAGGGGGCAGAGGCCGCCAUGGCCCCGGAGGACGCGCGGGCCCCCCAAACCUCCCCCUCCCCCAGCCCGGAUUUGGGGGGGGUCCCGGGGGAGGUGCCGGAUUUGGGUGGGGGUCUUCCCGAAUUUGGGUCGGGGGUCUCGGGGGGGCUUUACCACGAGCGGCAGCGCCUGGAGCUGUGUGCCCUGCACGCCCUCAACAACCUCCUGCAGCGGCCCUGGCUCAGCAAGGCCGCGGCCGACAGCAUCUGCCAGCGACCCCCCAGGCUGUCCCCAAAUUCCCGUCCCAACCCCCACCGGAGCCCCCUGGGCACUGGGAACUACGACAUCAACGUGGUGAUGGCGGCGCUGGGAACGCUGGGGCUGGCGGCCAUCUGGUGGGACAAGCGGCGCCCCCUGGAGCACCUGGCCCUGCCGCGGGUCCUGGGACUGCUGCUCAAUGUCCCCUCGAGGGUGACACUGGGGACGCUGUCCCUGCCCCUGUGCCGCCCACACUGGCUCGGGGUGCGGCAGAUACGGGACGUCUUCUACAACCUGGACUCCAAACUGCGCUCACCUGAGGUCAUCGGGGACGAGACCCAGCUCAGGCAGUUCCUGAGGGAGGUUCUGGCCAAGGAAGGCUCGGAGCUGUUCCUGGUGGUGCCGCGGGAUGUGGAGGAAGGAGGCACCUGGAGAGACCCCAAAAUCCAUCCAUAAAUGAACACUGCACCCCAAAAUAAAGAACUUUUGCACCCCAAAAUAAAUCUCCAAAUUCCUCC